AAUCAUUGGAAGACUCAGCAUUCAAUUGUGGCAGCUAUUUGCAAAUCGGGAACGGAAUCGCAAUCGAAAUCGCGCUGACGGCGAGACAGUGAGGCAGGGAAGAAUAUGUAUCAUCCGACUAGAGGUGGUGUUCGCGGUGGUCGCGAUCAAUUUGCCUGGGAUGAUGUAAAAGUUGAUAAACAUCGUGAAAACUAUAUAGGCCAUAGUAUCAAAGCACCAGUUGGAAGAUGGCAGAAAGGUAAAGACCUCUUCUGGUAUGCACGUGAUAAGAAAUCUCAACAAUCAGAUAUGGAUGCAGCUAAAGAAGAGAUACAAAGGAUUAAGGAAGAGGAGGAGCAAGCCAUGCGGGAAGCUCUAGGCCUAGCUCCUAAACGUGCUACCCAGUCUCAAGGUAACCGACUAGACAAGCAUGAGUUCUCUGAGCUUGUGAAACGAGGCUCCACAGCUGAAGACCUGGGAGCUGGCCACGCUGAAGCAGCUCGGGUUCAUGGCCUUGGGUUUUCUAAAGUGCCUCAACCUUGGAAAGAAUCAAGUUCACUGUCCAAUCUUCCAUCCAGUGAAAAGAUGGAGCCUUCAGGAAACACAAAUGUGCAGAGGCCCGAGGCGCCCACUAGAAGCGAGCAAGAAGGCUCAGAUAAUGAAAGAAGCCAGAAGAAGAGAAGACGCGAAGAGAAGAAACACGAGAAGUAUGAUAGGCGAGAGAAACAGGAGAAGCAUGAUAGGCAAGAGAAGCGACAUUCUCGUGACUCGGAUGAAAGGAGGAAACAUAAGAGAGACAAGGAGAAGAGAAGACAUGAUUCUGAUUAGCUGGCCUUUGAAUAUGUAUCAACUAUCAUGUACUCUUGUGGAUGUGAUUCAAAAGUUGCUACUGUUAUUUUACUGGAAAUUGAUUCUGAAUUCUUGCAUAUGAUGAUGUUGGAUGUUGGUUAAUAUAUGAUGUUAUUCAUAGA